AUAAGCCGGAAAGAUUUACAGAAAAUGGCAACGUUUUACGUUAGUCACGUGACUGAAAUUAACACUUUUGAAAAAUUGCUGGUGUCACAUGUUGGCUGUAAACAAUCAUGGACAUUGAAAACCAAGAAAAAGAUUCAUCUGGUGACCUGGAUGUGGUCGAAUCGGAAUGCAGUACAGUUCCUACUGAUUUAACAGUUUCUAUAGGUAGUGAAACAAAUCGGUUACUAUCUAGCCACUCUUUCGAUAGAAAAAGUUGGAUUCAAGAAAUGCAUUUAUUAAAAUUAGAAUUAUCCAAAAAAAAUCUUUUAGUGCAGAAUUUAAAAACGGAUUUUAUGUCGAGAGUCGAAGAACUGGAAGAGAAAUUUGCAGAUGCUGUUCAUGAGAAAGAAAUGUUAAAAAUUCGAUUGGAAUCUCAACUUAAUAUUAAAGAAGAUGAAUGGAAAAAGAAAGAAGAGAAAUUGAAAAAAGAACUAAAUUCGCUUAGUCAAAAGACAAAAAGUCUUAAUGAUGUAUGCGAAAGUACACAAAAUGAUUUAGACUAUUUAAUAAAUCAUUUAAAUGACUCGUUGCUGAGUGAUAAGAAUUUGUAUGAAACCAUCAAACAAAAAACUGAACCAUUAACUUUUAAAGAAAAAAUACUGCUCAAAUGUUAUGACUUUGCUUUACAUUACAAAAUACAAGCAGAAGAAUUAGAAGACAAAUUAAAAAGAAUAAAUAAAGAACUACAAGAAAAUAAAGAAAAAUUUCAAGAACAAAAAGAACUUUAUCAAAAAUAUAGUUAUGAAUAUACAAGCAUUCAAGAAAAAUAUUUGAAUACAGUUCAAGAACUUGCAAAUACUAAAAGUCAAAUUCAAUAUGGAGAUUAUGCUAAAGAAAAUUUUUCAAGAGUUAAAGAAGAACGUGACAGACUGCAGUCAGAACUAUUAGAUUUGAGAGAAACUUUUAAUAAUUUACAAGCUACUAAUACUGCAUUAAUAAAUGAAAGAGAUGAUCUUAAAAGUGAUAUUCUGAAAAUGAGACAUCAGCAAACAAUACUCCAACAAGAGCGUGAACAGUUUGGCAAGCAAUUAGCAGAAAUAACUCAACAGUGGGGUGAAGCACAAGAUCGUACGUCCCAAUUGAUGCUUCAAUUAGAACGUACUAAACAAGCACGUGAAACUAUGUUUAAUCAAUUUAUAAGUGCAAGAGAUAAAUUUAGAGCUGAAUAUGAUGAUAAAUUAAAGCAUGAGAUGGAUCAAAUUCGAAGUAAUACUUAUCAAGAAGUUCAAAAAUUAAAAAAUCAUAUGAAUUCGUUUUAUGAAAGAGAAAUUAGAAGUUUACUUCUUAAAGAAAAUGAGUUAGUUUACUUCGUUAGUACUUUCAAAGAGUUAGUUUACUUCAUUAAGAAAAAUGAAAUUCUGAAAAUGAGACAUCAGCAAACAAUACUCCAACAAGAGCGUGAACAGUUUGGCAAGCAAUUAGCAGAAAUAACUCAACAGUGGGGUGAAGCACAAGAUCGUACGUCCCAAUUGAUGCUUCAAUUAGAACGUACUAAACAAGCACGUGAAACUAUGUUUAAUCAAUUUAUAAGUGCAAGAGAUAAAUUUAGAGCUGAAUAUGAUGAUAAAUUAAAGCAUGAGAUGGAUCAAAUUCGAAGUAAUACUUAUCAAGAAGUUCAAAAAUUAAAAAAUCAUAUGAAUUCGUUUUAUGAAAGAGAAAUUAGAAAUAAUAGAGCACAAGAUGUCAAAAAUGCACCUUCUUAUCUUCCAUUUUAA